CACUGCGGUCCUGUCCUGUGCUGCGCCUGCCCCGAGUCCGACCUCCUCAGCCUGCCUCAGAUAGAUCAUCAGACUAUUUGGACUCUCAUAAGCUUUUUUAACCAUGUAAACGAAGCGCUUUGGUCUUACAUCCUGGAUGUUGCACUUCCUGUUGCUGUAGCCAACCAAGCCCAUAAUGCACUUCUCCUUUCUCUGGCACAGCUCCUGCUCCGUCCAGCUAGUUUAUAGCUCCUCCCACCCAAAUAGUUACAUAGACACUACCCUAUCACUGCCCCUGUUGCUGCUUUGACAUCCCCAUGGACAUAUCACAGGAAGGAAGAAAAUGCUCCAUGGACAUGGUCAUGUGACCACAGCCCAGAAUGGAAGAUAGGAGCAAUAAAGGUGGCAUUUUUCUUGGGACAGUUGCAACUGCAGGAAUGCUUGCUGGUUUCGGAACUACAUUGUCCCUUGCAAAGAAGAGGAGUCCUAACUGGUUUAAUAAGGGGGCCACUGCAACAGCUGCUCUGCCAGAAAGUGGUUCAUCACUUGCACUGAGGGCUUUAGGAUGGGGCUCGCUGUACGCCUGGUGUGGAGUUGGGUUAAUCAGUUUUGCGGUAUGGAAAGCACUAGGAGUACACAGUCUAAAAGAAUUUAGAGAAAAAAUGCAGACCAUAUUUCCAGCUGUGCCUAAAAGUAACAAGCAAGCCUCUGAUCCUAAGGCUUUUAAUUGGAAAGAUCUUCUGAAGUCUAAGUAAUUGAGCAUCAAACAUCUGGAACAGGAUUAUUGUUUUAGGUUUAUCUGGAUGGCAGAUGAGUAGAGAUGAGCGAACUUCUGUUUUAAGUUCGGCGUCUAAAGUUCGGGGGCGGG